CCCACCUCUAGGCACAGCUGCAAGCACCGUGAAGUACACAAACAACCCAUACUUGGUUGUCAAAUGCUCGCGUCAUGCUCCGUAGUCAUUAUGGGGCAUCCACCGUGGCCAGAAACCUCCGAAGACCUUUUACAUACACCAUGAAUUCCAAUACCGAUUCUACCAUUUCUACUUUGCUUGCGGACUCGAUGAAUGCUACUCGAUCCGUGAUGAGCGGCGCUAGAGCUGCGUAAGUGGAUACUUUGAGCUGGCAUGUACUUACCGUGUACUAAUGGAUGUAUAAUUACAGUUCUGGCUCUACUCCUGCUUCUUCGAGACCCAGGCUUUCUCCCCAACCCUCGAAGACAUGGCAUCCAUUGAACGGGAUAGUAUUCAGCCCUGGUCCUGGCAGGCCCAGGACGAACACUACGAAUACAAUUGGGAUAGAGCGGGAUAUGGCUUUACAUUCGAGCUCGGAAGAUAAUUACGUGCUGGCUGCAGCAACAUUGGCGACAUCCUCGACAUUUGUCUCAGAGACCGAAUCCAAGAAGGUGGAUGAGAAAUCUGCGUCGACGAACCCUGCUGCUCCAUCUGCAGCAGGUCAAAAGCCAGAGGCUCCAAAGCCCGUCGAGGAGGAACUAGAAGAUCCAAAAUACGACAUCUUACCGGAAACCUAUCGCGAAUGGAGAAUGACGGAGGAUCUAUUUCGCGUGGCUAAAAGUGCGCCAAAGGAAAGUAAAGCUUCAUAUUGGUCGCACGCGUUGUAUCGAGGGCCUGCGACUGAGACGGAUAAAGAGGAGAGGAAGGUUACGGUUCAUUAUUGCAGGAGCAAACUUACGACGGAACGAGUGUUGGAGAAAUAUUUUGCAGAUUCCAAGGUUAUUGGAUUCGAUAUUGAAUGGAUGAUAAACGUGCACAAGAAUUCCGGGCCCAAGAACAAUGUCUCCUUGAUACAGAUUGCAAAUGAGGAGCGGGUUGCCCUCUUCCAUCUUGCAUUAUACACUGGCAAUACGAAGGAAGAUCUGGUAUCUCCAUUAUUGAAACAGAUUUUGGAGAACCCAGAUGUCACGAAAGUUGGAGUUGCCAUCAAAGGCGAUUGCACAAGAAUAAGGAAAAACCUCGACAUCCGUCCCAAGGGCUUGUUCGAAUUAAGCCAUCUUUUCAAGCUCGUCAAGUUCUCCGAGUCAAAAGAGUUCAAGCAAAUCAACAAAAGAUUGAUUUCACUAGCAACUCAAGUCCAAGAACAUUUUCAUUUGCCAAUGUUCAAAGGCGGUGACGUUAGAUCUGGAGCUUGGAAUAAACCUUUGAAUCUUGAGCAAAUCCGAUACGCAGCAUCCGACUCCUAUGCUGGCAUUCAACUCUUCCUGGAUAUGGAAGCAAAACGAGAAAGAUUAGAUCCAACUCCACCGCGUCCUUAUCACGCUGAGUUAGAUAUCCCAAUUCGAACUGCUGAGGGGAUAGAAAUACCUACCGAUGAACCAGCAGAAGUGGAUGAAGACGGAGAGGAGAUCAAACCCGAGGAUCCAGAACCUCCGGUACCUACCAAGCGGAAGUAUACCCGAAAAGUUCUUGCUACUCCAAUCUCGGGCCAGGAAGGUAAAGAGAGCACAGAUGCUGAAGGAGAGCCUCCUGCCCCGAAAAGAAAAUAUGUUAGGAAGCCAAUACCGCAUUUUGCAGCUGAAGAAUCAUUCGAUUUUGAGGAUCAAGCAAUCGAGGGGGCUCUAAUGGAUCACGUCUACGAAACGCCUAUCACGCGUUCACGGACACGAACCUCACGCUCCAAAGCCACUCCUAAGCCAAACCCUCAAAUCGAGAAGCAAGAAGAAGCAAGUGACUCGGACGAGGAGUACUUUGAAUGCAUGAGAGAUCCUCCUCCCAGAAACCCCGUUGAGGAAGAACCCGCCAAAAUAGAUUCAAAAGACGAGUCCAUUGAUGAGGAAGACCCAACAACCAUCCUAGAAACAGCAACCUCCCACGCUCUCCACCACCUAACCACCACACUCCCCUCCCAUUCCACAAACACAAACACAGACACAAAACAGCCUACCCUCCCCUCCCUCCGCACGUUCUAUCUCUGGCAUCAAAAUCCCCAUCUCAAUCUUCCAGAGAUAGCGUCUCUCCUCCGCUCCCCACCUCUGACCAUCACAACCGUCACCCAACACAUCCUAGAAGUCGCAAGCUGGGAAAUCAAAUCCUCCUCACUUGAAAGCGAAAGUAUGAAUGGACAAGGCAGUGAAAACAUACUCCCCGAAGAUCCGCAAGUACUCAAGGGGGUGAGCGACAUAGAAAUCGAAACGGAUAGGAUAAGAGGGAUUCUGGCUGUAUGGACAGACUUGGGAUUCAAUCCCGCCCCAUGGACGGAUCUACAGAAAACACUAGAUAGAUAAGUGGGUAGUAAGAAAGGAAGCAACCCCCAUCACUGGGGAGAAGAGUACGAUAUCCAGGGCUCUCAACACCCUCGGUUUGGAAAUUCGAUCACAACGCUGGAUACAGUAGGGAAGGAGGAACGCACACAUACAUACAGAGACUCAGACGGCGUUCAGGAUAAUAACACAGGAGGGGGCCCGGGGCGAGGACAUCCAUGCUAUGUAGAGUAAAUC